AUGGCCGGAACGCGAGAGAAGAAUCAAUCGAGCCCUCCGUCAUCAGCAAGCAAGAGUGGCACCAAGCGCAAGGCCGAUGAACAGUCGAGCCCAUCUAGCAAAUCGAAGGGUGGCCGACCCGCCAAGGAGCAGAAGACGCUCGAAGAAACGAUAAAGAACGGUGAUGAACAGGAGCAUGUCGACAAGGGUCCCGAUGAGGACAUGAAGGGUGAGCAGCCGCAGAAGGAAGAAGUCGCCUCUCAAGAGCCGACAAAGGCUGAAGCGAAGGCGAGCGAGGACAGCGAGGUGGACGAAGCAGAAGGCGGCGACAAGGUUGAAACGAAUGGCGACAAAGGCGCUCUGGAUCAAGUCAAGGCCGAUGCGAACGAGGAGGGUAAGACGAGCAAGACCACCGGAGAGAUCGCUACGGGCGAGGCAGUUGAAGAAGACAAGGAGCGCGAAGAAGCGCAGCCAUCGAACGUGCUCGAGAAGGGUGUGAUCUACUUCUUCACACGUGGUCGCGUAGGCGUCGAUGAUCCAGAUAGCGUUCAAGACCUUCAACGCAGUUUCUUCGUCCUACGACCACUGCCGCCUGGAGGCAAGCUGACAGACGGCGCCGUCCAAGAUGUCGGCAACAACCGACUCAUCGCAUUGCCCAAAAAGGUCUUUCCGAGAAACGGCAAGGACAGGUUUAUGGCCUUCACUGAGAAGGCCAAGGUCAGCAUGGACGCUCUCAAAGAAGACUUCUUUCAGGGCUCUUCAUACAGCACUAAGACUACCGGAACUCGCCACACGCCGGAGGUGACGCCGGUUGGCGAGGGGGUCUACGCCAUCACGUCAACCGGUGGUGGUCAAGGCACGACGCAUCUCGCCUACAUGCUUACGAUCCCUUCUGCAAUCGGAGAGGUACAGAAGGACCUUGGCUUGGCCGAGAAAGGCAGCUUUGCUCUGAGUCUGAAGAAUCCAGAAUCAUCCGCUCCAGCCAACGCCCUCCCGAAUGCAGCAGAGUACUCGAAGGAGAUCAUCGACGAUUUCCGUGGUCGUGGUUGGAUGCCGGCCUUGCCAAAGCACCUCGAUUACGUCAACUCUUCAUUCUUGAUGAUUGGCGAAGGCGACUUCGACAACUCCAGCAAUCUAGACCCGGCGCCUGGGGAUGAGAAGGACGAAAACAAGGAGACGCCACAGGAAGAGCUCGAGAAGCUGGAGGGCGAAGAUGAGCAUCGCGUAGACAACCUCAAGGGCGAUGAUACUAUAUUCGCUGAUCUCGGUAUCUCUUCGAAAGAGUACCCAAAAAUCCUCACCACCUGGUGA